AUGGGUCAAGGACAGAGCGCCAUCCCGACGACGGAACAGACGGCGCUCGAAGCGCUCUACGAUGCAUUGAACGGCGACCGCUGGCGUCGUCGAGACGGCUGGAAACAGGCCACGUACGACUGUGAGCAGUGGUUUGGCGUCGAGGUGGUCGCGGGUCACGUCGUAGCUCUCGAACUUCCAGCCAACGACUUGAGUGGAUGCCUUCCAGUCGCUACGCUCGCUCGUCUGCCGCAUCUGCGUGUCCUGGAUCUGUCCAAAAACCAGCUGCAAGGAGAGAUGCCAAUCGAGCUGAAGAUGCUCACGAGGCUCAAGCGUCUGGACUUGAGCUGCAACGACCUCACGGGCGUCAUUCCGAGCGAUAUCGGUGUCUGCCGAAGUCUGAAAGAACUGCAUCUACACCAGAACUCGCUGCACGGGACGAUCCCGGAGCAGCUGGGCAACCUCCAGCGUCUACAGACCCUCCAGCUCCAGCACAACAAUUUGUGCGGAGCUCUGCCCGCUGCUCUUUGUGAGCUGACGCAGCUGAGCAAAUUCAGUGUGCGAGGCAAUUGCUUGACGGGGUGCAUUCCCCCGGACAUUGGCCACAUGCGCUCGCUUGUCUUCCUCUCAUUGCGGAACAAUGAGUUCACGGGCGUCAUCCCAUCGUCUCUUGGCUGCUGCAAGGCACUAGAGUUCCUCAACCUAUCGAGCAACCGGCUGAGUGGACCUAUUCCCGAGGCAUUGGGGGAGCUCGAAUCCCUCGAGUACAUCUACUUGUUUGACAAUGCGUUGGAAGGCAGCAUACCACGUACCUUUGCACGGCUAAAGUUCCUCAAGGAGUCCGACUUCCGCGACAACCGCCUACGAGGCGAGCUGCCCAACUUCUUGGACGGCUGCCCCAGCCUCGAAGCUGUCAUGAGCAAGUGGAAGAACCGCAAGGCCAACUAUCGUUACGCUGUGUUAGGAGACCCUAUGCCAAGUUCCUACACCCCACCCGCGUCGUCGCAUGAUUUCUUGCAACAACUGGAAGAUCCAGUGUCCAAUUCAAGCGCCACCUGUUUGAGCAAAAGCUUUGGCCGCAUCAUCAGCAAUGACGAAAGCUCCGGCGACGGAGCUCCUGAGGACGACCCUGCCAAGACUUCCCACCUCGUUACGCACUUUUCACGCAAUCGCGUUCAGAAAGUGCCUACUACAGCUGCUGCGACUUCUGCAGUCUAG